AUGGCGUAUUCCGCUGUUGCUCAACCUGGGCCUACUAUCCCCUCAUUCAUCAACAAACUCCCAUCUCUCGCGAUAUCUGAGAGCGAGGAUGACGCCAAUAUUCGCCAUAAAUAUCGCCCCUUUCUUCUCGACGAUGGCGCAUCUGACGACUGGGUCAAUAAGUUAGAGUUAACAACCGCCAUGGAGAUGGCAGCGCAGGAGCUGCGACAAUCAAACAACAGAUUGAAAGUGCUAGUGUUGUACGGCAGUCUUCGCCAAAGGUCUUAUUCGCGUCUCGUGGCAUUGGAAGCUAGCAGGAUUCUGUUCCGCCUAGGGUGCGAUGUCCGCGUGUUCAAUCCCGAGGGUUUACCAGUCAAAAAUGAUACCGACCACGACCAUCCAAAGGUGCAGGAACUUCGAGAGCUUAGCAAAUGGAGCGACGGACAUGUUUGGAUAUCGCCUGAACAGCAUGGCAACCUGACCGCCGUAUUCAAAAAUCAGAUCGACUGGAUUCCGUUAACCACAGGCAGUGUACGUCCCACACAGGGCCGAACGCUUGCUAUCGCGCAAGUAUGUGGCGGGUCGCAAUCGUUCAAUGCUGUCAAUUCCCUGCGGAUUCUCGGCAGGUGGAUGCGCAUGUUUACAAUUCCCAAUCAGUCAUCGAUCCCGAAGGCAUAUACGCAUUUCCCGGGUGAAGGUCAACCAGGAGACCAGAGGCUUCUACCUAGUGGUAACCGUGACCGGUUGGUUGAUUGUAUGGAGGAGUUCGUGAAAUAUACCAUUCUCGUGCGACCCCACCUGGAGCUUUUUGGUGAUCGGUUCAGCGAGCGGGAAGAGAAGCGGAUCAAGGAGAUGAAAGAACGGCCCAAUCAAGUAUAA